CCACCAAAAUUUACCAACGUACAGUCAAAGCCAUUCCCAACGCCGUUCAGCUUAUAGUUGGGGGACGGGUAGCUUCUCAAGCUUCAAGGCAGUUUCCAUGGAUGCUAAAAUUGUUCUCUCUAAACAAAUUUUGAUCCUCACAGUAUUGCCCUUCUCGGUCUUAGGGCAUGAAAUUGUGAAUUCAGGGCAGUACCCAUUGGUAGUGAGCACAUGGCCCUUUGUAGAGGCUGUUAGAGCUGCUUGGAAGGCUGUUGAUAGUGGGUUUUCUGCUGUGGAUGCUGUCGUUGAAGGUUGUUCGGCUUGCGAGGAACUCAGGUGCGAUGGAACAGUUGGGCCUGGUGGGAGUCCAGAUGAGAAUGGAGAAACUACAAUUGAUGCAAUGAUCAUGGAUGGGGUGACAAUGGAGGUUGGUGCUGUUGCUGCUAUGAGGUAUGUCAAGGAUGGCAUCAAAGCUGCUAGAUUAGUGAUGCAACAUACUGAACAUACUUUGCUUGUUGGUGAGAAAGCAUCAGCCUUUGCAAUUUCAAUGGGUCUUCCGGGACCAUCUAACCUUAGUUCUUCAGAAUCUAUGGAGAAGUGGACUAAAUGGAGAGAAAAUCACUGCCAACCUAAUUUUUGGAAAAAUGUUGUACCACUCGGCAGUUGUGGCCCCUAUCAUGCAAAGAGCCUUCUGAGCCCUAGUGACAGUACAUGUUCCAAAGCCACUCUGGUGGGAAGCAUCAAAUCCAGACCAUCUCAUAUUGGUAUUCACAACCAUGAUACCAUAUCAAUGGCGGUUAUUGAUAAAUUGGGUCAAAUCGCUGUUGGUACAUCAACUAAUGGAGCUACCUUUAAGAUCCCAGGGAGGGUAGGUGAUGGACCCAUUGCAGGAUCUGCAGCGUAUGCUGAUAGCAAAGUGGGUGCUUGUGGUGCCACCGGGGAUGGUGACAUCAUGAUGCGUUUCCUUCCAUGUUAUCAAGUUGUGGAGAGUAUGAGAUUGGGGAUGGAACCUAAGCUUGCAGCCAAGGAUGCAAUAUCAAGAAUUGCAAGAAGGUUUCCCGAUUUCGUAGGAGCUGUAUUCGCCAUCAACAGGGACGGCAUGCAUGCAGGUGCCUGCCAUGGAUGGACAUUUCAAUACUCUGUAAGAAGCUCAGACAUGGAAGAUGUGAAGAUCUUCACCGUGCAACCCUGAACAUUUUCAUCUCUAUACAAAUAAAAUGCUUUGUGUGUUCUUCCUGAAAAAAAUCAUCAAAGUCUUAUCCAUCCAUUAUUCAAUUAUACAAUGUAACUUAUCACAUUUCCUGAAAACAAUAUGUAUCAUCUGAUUUAUUGUUUGUUAAAUUAAUAGAUCUUUACGAUUUAUGUUCCAA